UACAUUUGGGUUUAUCCUGAAGGUCUCCUUGGCAGAUCUGGGAGCCAUUAGGGAUUGUGCAGACUCCUGAGAAGUCUUAUCCAAUUAUUCCUUCCAACUGAAAACAUGGCUGGCAUAUAUUUUAGAAAAACAGAAAUUUAUGUUAGACAUUAGUAUUUUUAAAAAACUGUCCUCCAUGAAAAUACAUUGCAAGUUAUCAUGUAAGCAAAUGCAGAGAAGGAUGUUGUCAUGUUGAGAAAUUCAUUUUAUUUAACAGCUCUCUCUCCCCCACCCCACAUCAAUGUAUCCAAAUGUUAAUAUAAUUUGUUUUCAAAAGUGCGAAUUGUUGCAAAUAAUAGGAGGAAGGAAAAAUUGUACGGAUGACCUCUAAGGCUACUUCAAACCAGAUUUUGUAAAAAAAAAGAAAUACAGUAGUAUACUGUCAUAACUUGCCUGUAACAAGAAACUACCCCUUUUUCUCCAGAAUAAAGAUCUCUUUGUCCUUACCUAUGGAGCUCUGGUUGCCCAGCUGUGUAAGGAUUAUGAGAAAGAUGAAGAUGUGAACCAAUAUUUAGAUAAAAUGGGUUACGGCAUUGGAACACGGCUUAUAGAAGACUUUCUGGCUCGAUCCUGUGUGGGAAGAUGCCAUAGUUAUUCAGAAAUUACAGACAUAAUUGCCCAGGUUGCUUUCAAGAUGUAUCUGGGAAUUACACCAAGUGUGAUCUGUAACAAUUCAAGCAGAAAUGAAUUUUCCCUGAUUCUAGACAAGAAUCCUCUGGUGGAGUUUGUGGAAGAGCUCCCUGCUGGACGAUCUUCUCUGUGCUACUGCAACUUGCUGUGUGGGAUUAUCAGAGGUGCCUUGGAAAUGGUUCAUUUGGCUGCUGAUGUUACAUUCUUGCAAGACAGACUAAAAGGUGACAGUGUGACAGAAAUAGGAAUAACAUUUCUAAAAAAGCGAGACGAGAAAAAAUAUAGAUGGAAGAAGUGAAGAAUAGCACGGAAAAUGCCACAGGGUGGCUAGUUGAGUUAAUAUUAGCUAAACAUGUAUAGACAUAGAAAUUUUGAAUUGCUUAAUAGCAUGAACUUUGAAAGGCUUAUAAAUCAGCCAGAAAUUUGAAAUACAGGGCACAAAAAUUUAAAGUUUUUUUUUUUUCUUUUGCUUAUAGAUCACAUAUUUUCGAUCUCAUGUCCACAAAAUUUCACAUAAUGUGAUUUUCUCGUGUAUUAGCUUGGCUUAGAGCUUUAGCCUCCUGAUGCUACCCUUGAUUUGUAAUCACCAAGUCAAGCUAUUUAUUCAAUGAUAAUUUUGAAACAUUAUAAAUAACAUUUAAUUUUAAUUUAUUUUAUUUAGUUUUAAUAUAGCUGAUAUUAACCAAAUUUCUUCCUUUUCUCAUAAAAUAUUGCUUGAUGGUCAGGCCAGGAAACCUCUUAAAUAAAGGAUAAAUGAUAUUCUUUGAAAAUACUCUCUUACCCCAAAGCUUAUUUAGAAUUUCUACUAUCAUUUUCAUCCCCUAAAAAAUCUUCCACAGAAUGUUUUCUCUGUGACCAGAACACAUUUAAAAUUCAUAUGUACUGAAUUAAAUACAUAGUAAUCUUCACCAGACCAUUGGCACACAAGGGCAGCCUACAAGGCAGCCCAGAAUCUACUGGGCUCUGCAGAUAACUCGCAAGUACAAGUUAUGAUUGGUGUGAUACCACCCUACAGAAUUGGAGAAAAUAUUUGUAAACUACCUAUCUGACACCCAGAAUAUAUAAGAAAUUCAAACAACUCCAUAGGAAAAAAUUA